AUGCUGCUUCGUAAGGUGAGCCAGUCGUCCGCCCUGUGCGGCACCAUUCUCCGGAUUCCUCCCGUUUUAUCCGGAGGUCAGCGACAGGCUGGGGUUGUUGUUGCCGUGUCAAAUGCUCGUCUAUACGCAAGCCAAGCUGCUCAGGCGGUGUUGGAGAAGCCCGCUGCAGUUGGCAGCGAAACUGCCCCAAAAGUGGAGAAAAAGACUGCCGUUGCCGAAUCCAAAUCGUUUGCUGUCAACAUGUUCAAAGGGCAGAUCACCACAACCCAAGUGUUCCCCUACCCCAAAGCCCUUAAUGAUGAGCAGGAGCAGUUCCUUCAGGAGCUCGUGGGGCCAGUUAGCAAAUUUUUUGAGGAGGUGAACGACCCGGCCAAGAACGAUGCCUUGGAGAAGGUGGAAGACCACACCAUGGAGGGCCUCAAAGAGAUGGGCGCCUUCGGGCUGCAGGUGCCGGCAGACCUGGGCGGGCUCGGCCUCUCAAACACACAGUACGCGCGGCUGGUUGAAAUCGUAGGCAGCCAUGAUUUGGGCGUCGGCAUCACGCUGGGCGCUCACCAGUCCAUCGGCUUUAAGGGCAUCCUGCUGUUUGGAAACAAAGCCCAGAAGGAGAAGUACCUGCCCAAGCUGGCCACAGGGGAAAACAUUGCCGCCUUUUGCCUAACUGAACCAGCCAGUGGCUCCGACGCCGCCUCCAUCAAGACGAACGCCGUCCUGUCCCCCUGCGGUCAGUUCUUCACUCUGAACGGAGGCAAAAUCUGGAUCAGUAAUGGAGGUUUGGCUGAGAUCUUCACAGUGUUCGCCAAGACGCCCAUGAAAGAUCCCAAAACCGGGGAGAUGAAGGAUAAGAUCACCGCCUUCAUCGUGGAGAGAAGCUUCGGAGGAGUGGAUCACGCAGCCAACAGAACCCAGUUUGGGAACAAGAUCCACACCUACGGAGCCAUCCAGGAGAAGAUGGCCCGCAUGGCCAUGCUGCACUACGUCACGGAGUCGAUGGCCUACAUGAUCAGCGGGAACAUGGACAGCGGAGCCUCUGAGUUCCAGAUCGAAGCAGCCAUCAGCAAAAUCUUUGCCUCUGAAGCGGCGUGGACCGUGACAGACGAGGGUAUUCAGGUCAUGGGCGGCAUGGGUUUCAUGAAGGAAGCUGUGAUAACGAUCAGCGGCCGUAAGAGGCUGAUUCAGAAUUUUGCAGAAAGUCGUCGUAGCGAGUUAAACCGGGGAGAAAAGGGAUUUCUGCUGGUCAACAAGCGGCAGAAUGAAGGGGCCGCAGGGCGCUUCCCCGGUGACGAUGAGUGGGCGAAAGCGCAGACAGUCAAAAAUAGCUGCUUUGCUCGAAAGAAGCCCAGCGAUGCGGCGGGGAGCCCGUGGGCCCGUUGUUCCAUACCAGAGCAUCACUCUGUGGGUAACAAAAAGCCUGAGCUGUGCCGAACGCCUUCUCUAGCCUCUCCACAGGUCGGUGUGGGCAUCAGCAGCCGGUGGAAGUUAAAUCUGCCCACAUGGUCAAAACCCUCAGAAAGGAAGCGUCUGUCUCUAUUCCUCUUUGUAUCUCGUGACUACGGAGUGGAACGAGUCAUGAGGGAUCUGAGAAUUUUCCGAAUCUUUGAGGGCACAAACGACAUCCUGAGGCUCUUUGUGGCUCUCAAUGGCUUCCAGAAUGCCGGUAACCACCUGAAGAGCCUCCAGAAGGCCCUGAAGAACCCCGUCGGCAACGCCGGGCUGCUCGCCACAGAGCUGACCAAGAGAGCCAAAAGGUGUCGGCACGCUUCUCAGUUCCUGUUUGCCCAGUGUGUGGGGGGAAAGGCGGGCUUCAGCACAGGCCUGACUCUGCAGGGCAACGUUCACUCUGAGCUGGCACAGAGCGGCGACCUGACCGUCAAAGCCAUCGAGCAGUUUGGGGCGGUCAUCGAGGAGCUGCUGGUCAAACACGGCAAGAAGAUCAUCGACGAACAGUUUAUCCUGAAGAGAGUGGCGGACUGCGCCAUCGACCUGUACGCCAUGGUGGUCGUCCUGUCCAGGGCCUCGCGCUCCCUGAGCCAGGGCCACUCUUCAGCCCAGCACGAGAAGAUGCUGUGUGAGACCUGGUGCAUGGAGAGUCUGAUGAACGGGUGCCCUGACCCCCCCCCCCCCUCUCUCUCCGUCCCUCAGGCUCACGACCGGGUCAUGCGUGACAUCAAGGUCCUGCGGUCGGGUCAGUCCAAACAGCUCUUCAACAACAUGCGGGCCAUCUCCGUGGCGGUGGUGGACAACGGCGGCGUGGUGGCUCCUCACCCCCUGGGCUUCUAA